AUGAACUUGAAGAACAUGUUCCAGAAACGGGCACAGGAUCUCGAACCCAACCACCCGCCACCGAGAGAAUCUGUCGGGGAAUCAGUCUCCACGGUUGAUCGCGAGAAAGCUCUUAAUAGUAGCGAUAUCGUCGAUACACCUAUUCCCCUACUCACCUGGCGCUCCUUGGUGAUGGGCCUUUUCGUGUCCAUGGGUGGAUUUGUGUUUGGUUACGAUACUGGCCAAAUUUCCGGUUUCCUUGAGAUGCCCAACUUCCUUCAACGAUUUGGACAACUGCAAUCCGACGGGACAUAUCAUUUUAGCAACGUGCGCUCUGGUCUCAUUGUUGGCUUGCUUUCAAUCGGUACUUUGAUUGGGGCUUUAGUCGCUGCGCCUAUUUCUGAUCGCACGGGACGGAAGUGGUCUAUCAGUGGUUGGUGCGUCAUUCUGUGUGCUGGUGUCACUGUUCAAAUAUCCUCUCCUGUCGGGAAAUGGUAUCAAGUCGCCCUAGGUCGUUGGACCGCAGGUCUGGGUGUUGGCGCAUUAUCUUUGCUUAUCUUAUAUGCCACUAGACAGUCUAUCCUGCUCACACCAUACCAAUAUAGUACAUACCAACUCUUCAUCACCUUGGGAAUUUUUGUCGCAAACUGCAUUAAUUUCGGAACCGAAGCUCGCAAUGAUACUGGUUCAUGGCGCAUCCCUAUGGGUAUCACCUAUCUAUGGGCUCUGAUCCUCGGAAUUGGCAUGGCGUUCUUCCCAGAGAGCCCUCGUUAUGACUACCGACAUGGAAAAGUUGAAAAGGCCAUCAUCACCCUUUCAAAGAUCUACGGAGUGCCCCGCAACCACCGAGCUAUGAAGAUCGAAUUCGAUGAAAUCAAGGAAAAACACGACGAGGAAGUUCGCAAUGGCACAGCCACCUGGGUCCAGCUCUUCAAAGCACCGACAAUGUCCAGACGCGUUGCUGUCGGAGUAGCUCUACAAGCGCUGCAGCAACUGACCGGCGCCAACUACUUCUUUUACUACGGAACUACCGUCUUCAAGGGCGCUGGUAUCGCAAACAGCUACGUCACUCAGAUGAUUCUAGGCGGUGUCAAUUUCGGAACUACCUUCCUGGGUCUGUAUCUGAUCGAGCAUUACGGUCGACGCCGGUCUCUGAUCGCAGGUGCUCUGUGGAUGUUUGUGUGCUUCAUGAUCUUCGCUUCCGUGGGUCACUUCUCUCUUGAUCAACAAUUCCCCGAGCGCACCAAGUCAGCCGGUGUAGCCAUGGUUGUCUUCGCCUGCCUCUUCAUUCUCGGCUUCGCGAGUACAUGGGGUCCAAUGGUGUGGACGAUUAUUGCAGAGCUUUAUCCUUCCCAGUACCGAGCACGCGCUAUGUCCCUCGCAACGGCAUCUAACUGGCUCUGGAAUUUCCUUCUGGCCUUCUUCACGCCGUUUAUUGUUAGUGCGAUCGACUUCCGCUUUGGAUACGUCUUUGCUGGAUGUCUCUUCCUUGCUGCUGGAUUGGUUUAUUUCGCCGUUAUUGAGGGCCAGGGCCGGACCCUCGAGGAGAUUGAUACCAUGUAUCUCAUGAAGGUCAAGCCCUGGAAGAGCUCCAAGUUCGAAUUCCCGGCAGACCCGAAUGUUAUGCGUGGGUCUUUUGAUAAAGCCUCAGGGGCUGGUUCUGCGGCUCAUGUUGAGCCGACUGGUGGUGUCCAAGAGGAGAUACCUACAAUCCAGGAGACUCGUGCUACGGGUGCCGGAGAAGAGUUGUAG